GGUACGAAGGGAAAAGGCUGCCGAGCGGAGCGGUACGGUUCAGCUGUUGUUGUCAAUCGGCGUCAACAAACAAACACAUCGAACUGAAGCCCGAAAACUAUAAACUAGAGUACUUCAAUAUAGAAAAAACAAACAAACAAAAAUACGAAAAUUACCACACACAUGCAGUGAAAUUAUGGAUUUAUGCAAAUCGAGCUCAUUGGCCCGCUGACCUGUCAAUGGCAUUUAUCGAUAUCGAAACUAUAUCUAUGUAGAUAGAGGACGAUGUAAUCAUGAGAGGCGGCGCGUAGAGCAGAAAAAGUUUUUGGGUCCCCCUCGAAAGUUUGGACUAAUAGAAAAUAUGGCCGGCCAUUGAGUUUGGCCAAAAAAAGAGCAAAGUUUGCCGCCCGCUUCGUCCUUUUGGCGUCCAAAGUCCACACCGAUAUUGUUCCAUGCGGCCGGGGAGCAGGAUCAAAAUCAGCUGGGGACUUUAAAGGCAACUGCCCACAAUGGACCUUGGCCGCUGGCUGCUGCAGCUGGGCGUGCACAUGCUGCUGGUUGUGCGGCGCAUUCAGUGUCUACGUGUGACUGACAUCAAUGUGCCACAAAUUGUUGAUUUUCGUGAUAACGUGACAUUAUCCUGCAGCUAUGACAUAAGUGGUCACACGUUAAAUUCGGUUAAGUGGUACAAAAACGGAAAGGAGUUUUUUAGGUACUCCCCCCUCACCCCGCCCACCUACAUACCUUUUGCCGUGGAGGGCGUGCAGCUGAUCGAUGAGGGAAACGAGUGCAACGAAUCCUCCUGUCGCGUGGAACUCAAUUUAUUGGGCGUCAAGUCGUCGGGCGUCUACAGGUGCGAAGUGUCCGGCGAUGCGCCUCACUUUCAGCUAACUGCACGCGAUGCCAACAUGACCGUCGAAGCUCUUCCCCAAAAUAAUCCACUCAUCAGCAGCUUUCACUCAACUUACCGCUUUGAUGACUAUGUUCAAGUUAAUUGCAGCACCGACUUUUCCAGCCUCUUUACUAGAAUCUCCUGGUAUAUCAAUGGGGUAAAGGUUUCCCCACUUGAAUUAGUGCCUAGUAUCGAGACCACAAUUGUGGCCCAUGAAUACAGCAUGCGUCGAAUCAUUUCCCAGCUAAAUUUCUAUGCCAACGAACCACGCUUUCACCAACUCCAGUUGCAAAAACUAAUCCAGCAAAAGCGGACAAUCUCACCUGCUCGACUUGGUCUUGAAUUGCGUUGUGUGGCAGAAGUCGAUCGGUUUCCCCAUUUGCAACGCGAUGUGAGCAUGUUUGCCCAGCUCUUCCGGGAUGAAAUUGAUCAGAAGAAUCAGAAGCUGAUCAACUCCAGAUCAGUUGCCACUCGGAGUGCACAAGUGCAGCAGGUGCUUUUGGUGGCAAUUGUGAUGACGAUGACCGCAGUGCGACUCUUCACACCGCUGACAUUUCAAUAUGGCGCACGGAAGUCGACGCGCUACAAAAUGGCGGCGACGCGGUGAAUUUUCCCUUGUUUCCGGUUUUGAUUGCAUUUGUUUUUUCUGCGCUGUUUUGUUACCCGUUUUUGUAGCUCUAAGCAACUGAAAUGCACGUGAGAAUUUACAACUAAAAAAAAGAAAUCAAUGUAAUGUAUGUAUAAUUGUAAUAAAUGUCACGGGAAAAUAUCGAGUGGGAAAUUAACUUAAGCGUAGGCAACCGAGUCCUGUAAAUAGCCUUUAAGUGUGCAAUCGAAUUAUAAGAACACAAUGAAAUCAUCGUCAAUAAACACGCAACCAAACAAAUGA